GACGCAAAAACGCCGCUCGCGCAGCUGCUUCAGGUUUCUAAGGACGAAAACUAGUUUUUGAUCAUUCACGUUUCGGGUUUGAAUGAAUGCAAGUCUCGAAGGGAUAUUUAUCGAAGGAAACCGUUCUAUUGUUGUGUAAACAUUUAGAUUGUUUGACACUCGCAGCGACGUUAUGAUCAUAUUGCAUGACAUCAUAAACAAUCGUAACACCGACUUCCUGCGGCCCUUCUUACUUGCGGGACGAUUUUCGCGGACAAUACACGCGCGAUGUGUUACGUUGUGUUGUUAGUUGUUGCUUUAUUUGUUACUUGUGGAGCCAGCUUGACGCCUCAGUGCCGAAAUGAAAAGGGGGAACCGGUGGAUUGGUUUUACAUCUACAAGCUGCCUCGGGAGAAGAAUCACUUGAACCCUCUCGUACGUAGGGGGGUCGCGUAUAUGCACCUCACCCCCUCCAAGCUUAGGGGGGGUUGGAUCAUGUCCGAUCUGGCCAUCAGCGACCCCCGGUCCAUGCUCGGGAAGACCUUGGCUCCUUUGUAUCAGGACAAAAAUAUCAUAUCUUUAGUGUACAAUGAUCAGCCUCCAGCUACUGAGAAUCAACCUGACGUUCUGCAGUCAGUAGCUGAUAUGUACUCCAAAAGCAAACGAGGACAAACGAAGCAGGCCGGCAUAAAAAAGUACAAAAAGUUCAAACUUGGCGACAAGUAUUACGACGACUACGACUUGGCAGAGAUGUGCAAGAUGCACUCCAAGUUUAUGAAGACCCGGGUGGAGAGCGGCCACACCAAGGGAGUGAUACUUGGCGACAAGUUCACCUCGCUGUGGCUUGUGCAUUCUGUGCCAAGGUUUCCACCGGUGCCUGACAUGCACGGCCUAAACGUGACCUCGUACGACUACCCUACAACCGGCAUGAAGUAUGGCCAGUCCUUCCUCUGUGUAUCGGUCCAGACAUCAACACUGAACCAGAUUGCAACCCAACUGAAGUACAACGAGCCGCUCAUAGCACAUCACCAUAUACCGCAGGAGUUCGAGGGAGAGUUGCCCAAUUUGCUCGACGUUGUCAAUAACAAGACGAUAGAUGCUUCGCCGUGGUACCACAUAGAAAGCUUCGAGACCCUGGUCGGGCGCAAGUUUCUCUCGUUCGCCAAGAGCGCCAUGUUCAACGACGAUCUGUACAGCGGGCUCGUGGCCGAAGUCUUGCAGUCAGACCUUCUUGUGGAGUCGUGGACCAACGGCCCUGGAACUCUGGACUCGGAGUGCAGUAGAAACUUCCAAGUACGCAACAUCGAGCGGCUAAAGUUCCCGAUCGCAAAGAUGUCGUUUACCUCCCACAACGACCACUCGAAGUGGGCGGUGGCGGUCGCGCAUAAGAUGCACAACAGCCAAGACACGAAGGUGGCAGAUUACUGGGUCUGCGUCGGAGAUAUUAAUAGAGCGCUACCACAAGAAUCGCGUGGCGGAGGCACGGUGUGCACAUCGGGACCCAUUUUAUGGGGGAAUUUCGCUCAUCUCAUUGAGUCGGUACAAACGUGGUACAUCUACAAACCCCCCACGGAAGUGACUCCGCUGCGAGAAUUGGGGAAAGACUUCGUAUUCAUCUCCUCGGACAAGACUGAGCGUUGGAUGCACUCGGGUCGUCACAUCGCACCUAAUUCUAUGCUGCAGCAUACUUUAGCGCCUAUGUUCAGGCCUAGUUACAAAGAUUUUCUGGCCGUGGUCGCUUACGAAGAGAAGAGCAAUCUCAACUACCCCUCGAUGGGCAUAUUAAUGGCGGAUGAGCACGGCGGGGUAUGGAUAGGCCAUACGGUGCCGGGUCUCGUGAAUUUUACAAAAAACUACCCGUCAUUCCCCGAAAGAGAAAUGGCCAACGGACACCUACUGAUGUGCCUCUCCGUAGACCUUCCCACCCUGAACCAGUUGGCCAUCUCCCUCAAGGAAAUCUCACCACGGUUCACUCGCAUCCAAGUGCCUAAACUUAUGCGCGCUCAUCUACCUGACUGGAACUUUCUGGAGUAUACUGGUUUUAUUAAGCCAAAAGGGUAUGUAAAAAAGUCUUUGGAUUUCAUUACGAAAGACAGAACACUGCGAGCUAAAGUGUUGAUACGUAAACCAGGAGACAAGAAGUGUCUUUACACUGCAUUCGCCAAAAGCAUGGACUUGGUUUUAGAUGUGUAUGGUCAUAACGAUCACCAAAAACCAUAUUGUUCUAAUAACUUCAGUGUCCGAAUCAUUGAUCAAAUAUCCAUGAAGUCGGUGGAAUACGUCCACUACAUCAAUAAGGGACGAGAUCGGAAUACUUUUGCUGUGAGCACUGCAGCUUACUGGCAAAGCUCCGGGAGAUCUGGUAAAGACCAGUACUGGGUGUGCACGGGAUUGCCUGAUGAUUCUUCAGGAUAUGGUGGUCUACUGUUGUGUGCUGAUAACUUCUUUGUUUGGCAAAGUUUUGACAACUUUAAAGUUAAAGAACCGGUGUGCUAA